AUGGCCAUCCUUUCCACUCUUCUUACGAUCGCCAUCCUGCCUUUGGCAGAUCUUGCCAAUGCAGAGAGGGUGUUGGGUGCCUAUGUCUUCCAGCGCCAUGGGGACCGCACAGCCAAAGCUCUGGGAUCGACUACGUUGACCGACCUGGGUGCCAGGGAGGAGUAUCUGAGCGGCGCAUUUUUCAAUGGUCGAUACCUCUCGGACAGUUCGGCAUAUCAGAUUGAGGGAAUCAGCCCCAAAAUUGUGAAUUUGGCUCAAGUUUCAGCUAGCGCCCCGGAGGACAACGUUAUCCAAAAUUCCGGCCAGGCAUUUCUGCAGGGACUCUACCCUCCCGCGGGUUCAUCCGCAUCUCAGGUCCUUCGCAAUGGGUCCACUAUCGAAGCUCCACUGGAUGGCUACCAGCUGAUUCCUAUGUCACAAAUCGAGUCUGGCAGCGACAGCGAGGACAACACGUGGCUCCAAAGCACGUCUACUUGCUAUAACGCCGAAGUGAGCAGCAACGAAUAUUUCUAUUCGACCCCGUUCCAGGAGCAGGAGUCAUCUUCGAGCAAGCUGUACCAGUCUCUGGCGCCUCUCACUACCGGCAUUAUCACGACUAGCCAGCUGAGCUACAAAAACGCAUACACCAUCUGGGACCUGUUCAACGUGGCUUUGAUUCAUAAUACCACUAGCAAUUUCCCCUCGUCCAGCAUUUUGACCAACCAGACUAUGCAAGAACUGUUCGUUUUGGCCAACGAGCAUGAAUUCAACCUCGCAUACAAUAGUUCUGCCCCGAUCCGUGCUGUGGCUGGCAUGACGCUGGCUGGCCAAGUAGUUACCGCGUUGAACAGCACUAUCACAUCCGGUGGCUCCUCUAAGCUGAGUGUUCAAUUCGGUGCCUAUUCGACCUUCCUGUCCUAUUUCGGUCUUGCAGGACUCACUGAAAAUGCCAUGUUUACUGGAAUGCCCAACUACGCUUCGUCCAUGACCUGGGAGCUCGUGACCAACGCCUCUGGCACCGGUAUACCUGCUGAGUCGGACCUCAGCGUGCGUUUUAUGUUCCACAACGGAACGAGCAUUGAGAACUCGACCCACCUGCAGGCCUAUCCGCUUUUUGGACAAUCCGAGGUUGAGCUUCCCUGGUUGCAGUUCGUCGAGUCUACGAACAAGUUUGCCCUCUCAUCUCAGCAGCAGUGGUGCCAGUCGUGCGGAAAUACUACUGGUAUCUGUGCCGGAACCUCCGACUCAACCACAAACGCUUCCUCUUCUUCCGCUUCUUCCUCUUCUUCUGGCUCGUCUUCCGGAGGAAUGGAUCUCCAAGUCGCAGGUGUCAUUGGUGCGAUGGUGACUCUAGGCGUUCUCGCGGGCUUGACAGCGCUCAUUAUUCUCGUCUUCAAGCUCCGCCUUGUUCGUAAGAGCACGCUUGCUGCUCUCAAUCGGGACCAGGAAACUUCGGUUGCACACCCGGCUGACAAGUAG